CCGUAGGUCAACCAUUGCGUUGACUUCAGAGCAUCGAGCUUGGUUUUACCCUCUCGAUUCGAUCCAGCCGUUCCUUUCUCGACACCUCAAGACAAGAAACCAGUUCAUCCAACAAAAUGGCCCCCGUCAAGAAGUCCAAGGCUGCCAAGACCUCCGAGUCGAUCAACUCCAAGUUGCAGCUCGUCGUCAAGAGUGGAAAGUACACUCUCGGUUACAAGCAGGCUCUCAAGAACCUCCGUAACGGAAAGGCCAAGUUGAUCCUCAUUUCGCAAAACUGCCCCCCUUUGCGAAAGUCUGAGAUCGAGUACUACGCCAUGCUCUCCAAGACUUCCGUGCACCACUACCAGGGCUCCAACGUCGAGCUCGGAACCGCUGCCGGAAAGCUCUACCGAGUCGGUGUUAUGAGCAUUGUUGACGCCGGUGACUCCGACCUCCUCCAGGUCACCGAGGCCGCUUAAGCGAGUCCUUGAUCAGUCGACGCGGGCCAGGUACGAUUUGAUGCGUUUGAGAUUCCUGAGCGCGAUAAUCCUGCCACAAAAUCUUUGUUGAUGUAACCGGGUAUAUAUCGUUCAUGACCUCUAAUGCCAAUCCUUAUCGCACCAUACUUGCCUGCCAUGGGCAUUCGACUGUCAGAUCAACGACCCGUUUCAUGACGAGGACGACGUGCAGAGUUGUCGAUGUUGUCAAACUCCGAUUAUUAAGCGUGAAACACAGUCGAGUAUUCGAUAGAGUAUACAA